AUGCUAAGUCUAGCGACCUUAACAGUCGCUUCAGGGCUCGCUCCCUUGAUAGCGGCAAGCGACGCACGCCUUUGGUACACAGCGCCCGCCACUUCCGAUGCCUGGACAGAUGCACUACCAAUAGGAAAUGGGCGUCUCGGUGCCAUGGUGUUCGGAAUACCCGUACAAGAGCGCAUACAGCUCAACGAAGAGACCAUCUGGUCAGGCGGCCCACGCAACCGCGUCGGUCAAAACAGCUCGCAAACACUAUCGGAUGUAAGAGACUUGCUCACACGAGAUCAGGCAGGCGAUGCGGAAAAGCUGGCGAACCUAGGUAUGAUGGGCACGCCCCAAAGUGUUAGGAACUAUCAACCGUUGGGAGAAAUGGAAGUCUACUUCGAUGAUACUAGCGACUACGACAACACGACCUACGAACGCUGGCUUGAUCUCGAGACGGCUACGGCAGGCGUCAAGUUCAGUGUCAAUGAGACACUAUACGAACGCGAGAUGUUUGUGUCAACCCCGGACGACGUACUCGUACAUCACCUACAAGUCACCGGGCCUGAGAAACUCUCUUUCCAGAUACGCGUACACAGGCCACAGGACGGCUUGAACGAGGCAUCCGAUCAGGACUGGAACGCGAACGGGGUGGCGUAUAUGACUGGUGGGACUGGUGGUGUUGAUUCCAUUGUUUUUACAUCUGCUUUGGCAGUCAAUACUGAUGGCAAUAUGAAGACACUUGGUGAAUUCAUCGUCGUCGAUAAUGCCACGGAAGCAACUGCUUUCUUCGCGGCUUCCACUUCUUACCGAGCCAACGACACGCGCAUGGCUGUAGACAGCAGUAUACAGCGAGCUCGCCAAUACACAUAUGCUGAACUUCGUCAACGCCACAUCAAAGACUAUGCACCAUUGUAUAAUGCCAGUAUCCUGGAGUUCACGGGAUCCGACGCAAACGCUAGCAGCCUUCCGACAGACGCGCGCAUCAACGCGACACGCGAAGGGACGGUCGAUCCGGGACUGGCCGCUCUAGCAUACAACUACGGCCGUUACAUGUUGAUCGCCUCGUCUCGCAUUGGGAACUUACCUUCUAAUCUCCAAGGUAUCUGGAACAAAGAAUUCAUGCCGCAAUGGGGCUCGAAGUAUACCGUCAAUAUCAAUCUCCAGAUGAACUAUUGGCCGGCAGAAGUCACCAGUCUAUCGAGUCUGCAUACCCCGUUAUUUGAUCAUCUGGACCUUAUGCGAAAGGACGGCAUGCACACUGCUGAUAAGAUGUACAAUGCCUCGGGAUGGAUCAGUCAUCACAAUACGGAUCUCUGGGGCGAUACUGCGCCUGUAGAUCGCUAUCUUCCCGCGACCUACUGGACACUGUCAUCCGGAUGGCUUGUCACUCAUAUACUCGAGCACUACUGGUACACAGGUGACAAGGCCUUCUUAGCUUCCAGGCUUGAUACCGUCUCCGGGGCUGUCGAGUUUUACCUCGGUACACUACAGCCAUACAGCAUCAAUGGGACCGAGUAUCUCGUCACUAAUCCUUCUGUAUCCCCGGAGAAUAGUUACAUCGCCGCAGAUGGAAAGACUUAUUAUUUCGACAUUGCGCCAACAUGCGAUAUCGAGAUUCUGAACGAGCUCUUCACAAACUACCUCCGAGCGGUCUCCACUCUCAACAACGCCACAGUCGACUCAUCAUUCUUGCAACGAGUCCGAGACACCCAAGCAAAACUUCCACCAUACCGCUACUCAACGCGCUAUCCGGGCACGCUCCAAGAGUGGAUGCAAGACUACGAGCAAGCAGAACCAGGGCAUCGCCACGUGAGCCAUUUAUACGCACUCUAUCCAGGCACGCAGAUUUUCCCACCAGGUGCGCCAGGCUACGACGCCAAGCUCUUCAAUGCCGCAGCGGCUACCCUCGAAGACCGACUUUCUCACAACGGCGCUGGGACAGGAUGGUCGCGCGCAUGGACGAUCAACUGGUAUGCGCGGUUGCAGAACCAGACAGCGCUGGCUGAGAAUGUUUUUCAGUUCUUCAACACCAGUGUGUACAACAAUCUGAUGGACGUCAAUGAAGGUGUUUUCCAGAUCGAUGGAAACUUGGGCUUCGUGAGUGGUGUGGCGGAAGCGCUACUUCAAUCGCAUAUCAUGGAUGGAGAGGGUGUACGGGAGGUAUGGCUGCUACCCGUCUUGCCUGAGCAAUGGAGUUCGGGAAGUGUGUCUGGGCUUGUUGCCAGAGGUGGCUUUGUAUUCGAUCUGGAGUGGGUAGAUGGCAGGAUUAGCAAGAUGAAGAUGGUGAGUCGGGUUGGUGGUAGUGUGGUGAUCAAGUAUGAUGCUGGGUCAGGAAACAGCACGGUAGCUGGAGAUGUUGUUACGGCUAGCUCUGGGGCAAUUCAAGGAGUACCUGGUGGUAAGAUGAGGCUGGAUACGAAGGCGAACCAGAUGAUGGACUUUGAGUUCACGUGGUGAGCUUCGUGUUUAUACGUGGUAGAAUUUUCCAGCUGGGAACGAUAGCAAAGACGAGUCAUCUUGUCUAGUUAGGAACCUAUAUUUCAGUCUCAAGAAGUUGAACGAUGCACACUUUCGAUGGCGGAUAAAGACGCGACAAAAUCCUUGCGGUCGACGAGAAGUGCGGGCAGCAUUAGAUAUGCGUCAAGGGCGUGAUACUCGUAGUUUGUACGACCGUCUUUGGGCUUGCAUUUCAAUGAUCACAAGUGAUGUCGUAUCCUCC